AUGGAAGGAAUACGGGUGAAGCUCCAGUACCACGGAUUCUGUGAUGCAUCAGAAAGGGCGUACGGAGCAGCGAUCUAUGUCCGUGUGGAGACGGCGAACAAGGUUUCCACACAUCUCCUUACUGCGAAGACAAAGGUGGCUCCUGUCAAGUCUCUCUCAGUGCCACGUCUGGAGCUUUGUGGCGCAGUCCUGUUGGCUGAGUUAUCUGCAGCCCUCCUCCUGAAUCUGCCAGCAGAAAGUUUCCAGACUUUCUUUUGGACUGAUUCAACAAUUGUUCUCGCCUGGUUGAACAAGCCACCCUGCAGAUGGACAACCUUUGUGGCCAAUCGCGUGGCCAAGAUCGUCCAAGCCAGCGACGCCAAGAAUUGGUCGCAUGUGCGAUCCGAGCACAAUCCGGCAGAUCUCGCAAGCCGUGGUGUCCUGCCACAAGAAUUGAUUCGUAAUCCUUUGUGGUGGCAUGGACCAGAGUGGCUUCAUCUCCCGUCGGAUCAAUGGCCAACAUCUCAAAAUCCCAUUCCGGAGACUCUGCUGGAGCAGCGGAUUAAGUGCAGCGUCGCUAAGUUACCUCCGACUCCCGACUUCCUGAGCAAGUUCUCUGAGUUUGGCAGGGCACUGCGCACGUCUGCCUAUAUUCUCCGAUUCAUCGACAGGAGUCGGAAGUUGGCAGUUCCAAGCUCUACCGUGGUCCAGGCGGAUGAGCUGUCACGGAUCCAAGAGCGGCUAAUCGUCAUGGCUCAACGACACACUUUUCCACAAGAAUACCAAUAUCUGCAGUCCAAGCAGCAGGUUCCUUCCUCAAGUUCAAUCCGAAACUUGAACCCUUUCCUCGAUGGCAAGGGGAUUCUACGGGCCUGCGGGCGUCUAAGGGCGUCCCACUCGCUGCGUUACGAUGAGAGUCAUCCAAUCAUCCUCUCGUAUUCCUCGUCCUUUGCACGACUACUGGUUCGUUUCACCCAUCGUAUAUCCUUACAUGGGGGUAACCAAGUCGUUAUGCGGCUGAUCCGUUCCAGAUUCUGGAUUCCAAAAUUGAAGGUCCUCGUUAAAUCCACCAUCAACUCGUGCAAGGUUUGCGUCAUCUACAAGAAGAGAUUGCAGACCCAAAUGAUGGGGGACUUGCCCAAGGAAAGGGCGUCCUACUCGAGACCUUUCACGCACACUGGAGUCGACUUCGCCGGCCCAUUCGAAAUAAAGAAUUACACUGGCCGAGCCUGCCUCAUCACCAAAGGGUAUGUCUGCGUCCUCGUGUGCUUCAGCACGAAGGCGAUACACUUGGAGGCAACAUCGGAUCUCACGACGGAGAAGUUCCUGGCCGCCUUCUCCCGUUUCAUCGCACGGCGCGGGUGUCCACACCAAAUGUACUCGGACAACGGGAAAACCUUCGUUGGAGCUGACAAGGUGAUCUCCAACGACUUCUUGGAAGCGACGAGGGAGUGCAUCAUCGCACAACACGCCCACAAGAGCCUAUCCUGGCACUUCAACCCGCCGGGCGCCCCGCAUAUGGGUGGAUUAUGGGAAGCCGGCGUAAAGAGUUUUAAGGCACUUUUUUACAAGGCGACAUCCACCUCGAAAUAUACGUUCGAAGAGUUGUCCACUCUUCUCGCUAAGAUCGAAGCCUGCCUGAAUUCGAGGCCGAUUUCCCCUAUGUCCGAGGAUCCGUCGGAUUUACUAGCGCUCACUCCUGGCCAUUUCCUCAUAGGUGGCCCUCUUAUUUCGGUGUUGGAACCACCAAUUAACCAACCGGCCACCUCCAUCCUCAAUCGAUGGCAGCGACUGAAGGCUCUUCACCAACAAUUUUGUGUCCGUUGGAAAGAUGAGUACCUGAAGGAGCUGCACAAACGGACGAAAUGGCAAUCCCCUACCCGGAACCUUCGGAUCGGUGACAUGGUCGUCAUAAAGGAAGACAACCUCCCCUCGAACGAGUGGCGCCUAGGACGGGUGCUGACGACGUGUCCAGGCACCGACGCCAAGGUCCGAGUGGUAGAUGUGCUCACGGCGCGGGGUACCAUCCGAAGACCCGUUGCCAAACUUAUUCUACUCCCGAUGGACAGCAAGACUGACCCUCCACGUCAAAAGGACUGA